AACAGGUGUUUUCAUUUUUCAAUGUUUCGCUAUAAAUUGAUAUCAAUCAAUAAUUAAUAUAAUUUUAUUACAUAUAAUGAAACUACAGUGCCAAGUGGAAGUUGUUAAUAGGCUGCAUUUAAAUUUGAACGUUAAACCUAACACAAAAUACUUGAAAUCCACGUUAGCGCUAGGCAAGGAACCAAAGAAUGACCGCGAAUAUUUCAUACUGCAUUUUUCAUCAGUCAACAAAAAGGGGACAAAGUAUAACGUGAAGGGUAUCAAGAAGGCUUUCGUAAAAUGCCUUAGCGAGGGAAAAGUUACUCUUAGGUUUGAGGAACCACCACACGAUUUGUGUAUAAAGUCGAACGAGCCGGAGCUGAAAAAAUUUAUGAAGUUGUUGCAAUCUUGUAUCACGGGCGAUACUAAAAAUGUUAAACUUGGAGAAUUAUGCUCGCUCGGGGUGGUCAAAGAGAAGAUGCCUACGAAACUGGUGAUCCUUAACCGGUCGGAAUAUCCAACAAGUGGGUUGCCUAGGUCCUUGGAGUACCUCUACGUAAAUGGCAUCAAGCUGUGUAAUUUUAGGAGAGAAAUAUUGUCAUUGAACAACUUAAGACUAUUGGAUCUAAGUGACAAUGAGAUAGAAAAGCUUCCUCUGGAACUAGGAAGGCUACCCAAUCUUUCUGAGCUGUAUUUAGCCAAUAAUAAUUUGGGAAGUAAGAGCACAGUGGACUGGAAAUGGCUUUUUGGGCCACGGUUAAUUGCCAAUUUAAGAUUACUUGAUCUCAGUGGGAAUAAACUAAAAGAGCUGCCAAAGUCAAUUUGGAAGCUACAAAAUCUAGUAUCACUAAAAGUUAAUAAUAAUGCUUUGACGAGGCUACCUGCAGCACUGGGUCGUAUUAGUAGUUUAAGAUAUUUAACAGUGUCACAAAACCACUUACAAGCAUUACCAUGUAGUCUAAUGCAAUGCCGUCUAGAAUAUAUUGAUCUGUCAUGUAAUUUAUUUAAUGUAGAAACAAAUUCACUAGUGCCAGAGAAACAUUCACACUGGGACUUGUAUGUAACAAGCCUACUUCACAUUGCAAGCAAAGCUGUGAUGAAACAGAAAAUAUAUUACGCUUCUAACAUAAUACCUUGGACUCUAGUUGAGUUUUUAGACAAUGCUAAUCUUUGUGUAUGUGGCAGACCAGUGUUAAACGAUAAAUUCUAUGUUAUUAAGGAAUAUGAACUGAAAGACUUUUUUAGAAUUGUUGUAUUUAAUAAUAAUAGAAAUUGCAGUGUUAAAUUUGAAUGUUACUUUUGUUCUCCAAAAUGUAUUUCAAUCAAAUAAAUAAGUUUUUU